AUGGAUCCCAACAUGAACAACCUCCUUAAAUGGAGUAUCAAGGCCUCCACGGCCGGAGAGCAACCCUCCGAGGACAAUGCCAGCACAGCUGCCGCCACCGACUCCUCCCGCAACGGCCUCACGCCUCAGAUGCUCUCCACGCUAUUCGGCGGACCAUCGGACGCCGACCUGAUGAAGGCCUCCAUGGCCGCCCUCCGCUCCGACGAGGUCGACCUCGAGAACAAGCUCAUCGCAUUUGACAACUUUGAACAGCUCAUCGAGUCGAUUGACAACGCAAAUAACCUCGAGCCGCUGGGCCUGUGGUCUCCUCUGGUCGAGCUGCUUCAGCACGAGGAAUCCGAGAUGCGGCGCAUGGCUGCCUGGUGUAUCGGGACGGCUGUGCAGAACAACGAAAAGGCACAGGAUAAGCUCGUUGUUUUCAACGCCCUCCCGACUCUCGUCUCCCUCGCGACCAAGGACACCGUUCCCGUUGUCCGUAAGAAGGCCAUCUACGCUAUUUCUUCCGCUGUCCGCAAUUACCAGCCGGCCAUGGACGAAGUCACCAAGAGCCUUCCGGAGGGUUACUCCCAGGACAAGGUCGAUGCCGCAGACAUGGAUGCCGUGGAUGCGCUCAUGGACAAGCUGCGCGCUCACCCGAUCGAGUCGUCUGCUUGA